CCCGCAAAUAUGCGCGACAUAAGUAUGCGUAAAACCGCGGAGUUUAAUCGUGAAAGGAUCGAAACGAGUGCGAGACGCGCACGCAAAAUUUUCGUAACAACGCAAAGCGCGGCACGACGCUUCUCGUUUGAAAAUGGCGGCGGACGAGGACAUGGAGCUUCGGGACUUGCUGCUCGAAACACUCGAGAAAAAAGGGGUCAUCAACCGAAUAAAGGCAGAACUACGGGCCAGUGUGUACUUGGCCCUUGACGAACAGGAAGGCAUCAGGCCUUUCGAGAAGUCGACCGAACAGGUGGAUGUCCUUGCCACGGACGAGGGUCGAUUGGCGACAUCGCUGGUACAUGACUUCCUGCAUUCCUGCAACCUCAAGUUCACUCUCAGUGUCCUGGAACCCGAGGCACCGCUGGCGGAGCCUCUCAGCCGGGAGGAGCUGUGCAGUCGACUCGGGUUGGAGCAGCAGAAGGGUCCACUGCUGCUGCAGCUGCUUCAUCCUGUGCAACAGACACCAGCGUCACAGAGUCCUGAUUCAAGCCAUGCCAAAGUCGCAGCGCCUGAACCAGUGGCACAGAACAAAGCUGCCGACAGCGCUCCAGCAAAGGACGAGCUCGCAGAGCUUGCACUAGGUGGCACUUCACGCGGAGGCAGCCGGCUUCCUCCUCUCUCAGGUCCCAAGGUGCUCCCCAGUCUUGAACCACAAGUCUCCCAUCCUGAAGGAGAGUCCCAUUCACUACAGAGUACAACCUCUCGGAAAACCGAUCACAGUGGAUCGGAGGAAAGCGUCGAGGAGGAGCUCUCCCGCAUCGACGACAGCAGCCUGUCCACCACGGCGGAUGAUCGCACAGUCGACCUGACAGUCUCCCGGGCGAGUGACGUCGAAGGCUGCGACUAUGCCGAGCCAGCCCACUGACCGUGCUACUGUCGGCCAGCAAGACAGCAGUGUUCGGUGCUCACGGAUCGCAUCGAAGUUUUAUGCUUUCUCUUCACUACAGAGGUGCACACGCUGCAUUGUGUCCAAAAAGACGUUGCAAUAUUCACACUUGAUCACACUCUGAUUGCGUCCGCAUCAUUUGUAGAAGCUGAUGCUGAUUAAAUAGUUUCAACUUGUUGCAUCAAGAGUGUUGUAUC